AUGGUGGAAUUAUGUGAACUGAAUUUGAUAGAUCAAGGAUUGGAAUGCCAGUGGCCAUCAGAUAUCGACCAACAUAUUGCGGAACUUGAGUUCGACAAAUCUUUGGAUGGUGGCGGUAGUAGCCUCUUCUCCAGCAUGACCGUUGAUCCAUCGAUCAUAUCAACAGACAGUUUGGAUAUCGAGAAGCUUCAUGCCCAGUGUGAGGUGAACAAGAACGAUUAUAAGCUGACAUUCGAAGACAGUGGUCAGUGGGCAAGCGGUAAUUUUACCACCUGGGGUCGCAUAAAGAGCACAGAACCGUUAGAUGAUAAAACGAACAGUUUACCUGAGCUUGGUGCGACCCCACGCACAGAAGCUACCGAAAAAAGGCCUUCAAGUCUGUUAGCGACAUUUGUUGAUCGGCAAGCUGAUUAUGAGUAUGCAGAAUUGUAUAUGGGAAAUGGUCGGUACGUAGAUGUCAAUGAUAACGAAAUAGGGUUUGUGCCGCAAAGUACUGCUGCCAUGCAGUCGGCCGAUAGGUGGAGGUUUUUUAGCCGAAUACCAGAAAACUUACCAAUAAAGGCCAGUCGAACAUUUGCAGAUCUAGAGUCGAGAGCUCCACCUUUGGACUUUAUGGCUAUGCAGCAUCAGACUCCGAACCUCUGUCAGUCUUCAGCCUCACUAAGUGACAUUAUUCUGAAAGCGAAAGAAGGUGGCAUUGAAGAAGGGAAGCUUGAGAUUUCUGUCCUUAAUGCGCUCGACAAGCAUGGUCCAGACUCUGGAUUGGGCAGUAGUGUUAGCGCAACGAGUGGCCCAUCUCAUAUCGAAGACUGGUCAUCACUCGCGGUGCUCCUUCCUAAGCAUGUUGUCGAAGCCUGCUCUUUCUUUAAAGCAAAUUCGCGUCUACUGACGGGGUCUCACUGUUCGAAUAAUAUUGAACGACCGAAUCCGCGAAAAAACACUGCUUGUAGGACUUGUUUUGGAGUUCGGAGGAGACUUCAUCCUCCACUAUGGGCUUAUCCAGCAAGUGCAAGAAAUGUUCUUUGCGACUGUGCUACCAGCGAGGUUCUCGAACGAAGCUACCAUAGCGUAAAAGAGCAGAGUUGUGCAUCUGCUCGGCUCAUGUUGCGUGCACAGGAGCUAAGUAUAGUUGGCUUGCCAGUAUACGAUUCAAAGCGGAUGCUUGUUGAAAGGGUAGUAGAAGGGGUCGCUGAGGUAGUGCGUGGGAAUGACUCCUCCAGUCUCUGUGUAGCACUAGAGACGUUGGUCUCGGAUGGUUUGCGAGAUCAGCAUCCGUGGAACAUGAUUGUUGCUGUCACUUCAUCAGGCAAUAUUCAUCUCUUAGAUUCUGAAAAAGCUGUUUCAGGUCCAGCUACAAGGAACGUUUACGCGCUUGUAUGUGAGCUAAACAAAAGCAAGAAAGGCUUAGAUUUCCAAGUGUCUCAGUUUUUUAAUGAAUUGAUCAGUACGGGUUCAGUCGACUGUUGGAUCGCUUAUGUUGUUCUAAAGGAAAGUUUGUUACGAAAAUAUUACAUUGACAGUGCGUUUCUAUUACGAGCUUGCACUGCGUAUCGAAGCCUCCUGUACAGGUUAUUGGAAAAUUUAGAAGUACUCUCUGUGCUUGAAGAAGGAUUUAGCUUGCGGACAUGUGGUCGAUACCGCAUUUCAAGGACGGCUUCACAUCUUCAGCAGCCAUCAAAGUUGCCCAGCGACUCUCGUGUUCCUAAAAGUUCUUCUGUGCCAGCACGACUGUCAACACAGAGAAGAACAAUGAGUUGUGUUCCGUGCUCACAUUUAAUAAGACGCUCAAGAAUUCCCCAACUUGCUUAUCGCCCAAAACAUGUCUCGUCUGGAGUCCCUUCAACGUUAGCAAGAAAUUAUUUUGCUUCUGCAUUGGGCGACUUCAGUAAACCUGGUAUGCUCGCUGUUACGCGGGGCGAAUUAUUGCGUGUGCUCACAACAAGGGGGACGUUAGCACAUUGCUGUAGGAUGCGUCCUCGUUAUGACUGCGUUUCUCUGGGUCUUGUUCCAGUUUCUAAUCUCUCUACUAAAUAA